AUUGCCGGAAGAAAUAUCAACAACCUCAGAUAUGCAGAUGACACAACCUUGAUGGCAGAAAGUGAGGAGGAAUUAAAGAACCUUUUAAUGAGGGUGAAAGAGGAGAGCGCAAAAUAUGGUCUGAGGCUCAACAUCAAAAAAACGAAGAUCAUGGCCACUGGUCCCAUCACCUCCUGGCAAAUAGAAGGGGAAGAAAUGGAGGCAGUGAGAGAUUUUACUUUCUUGGGCUCCAUGAUCACUGCAGAUGGUGACAGCAGCCACGAAAUUAAAAGACGCCUGCUUCUUGGGAGAAGGGCAAUGACAGGCCUAGACAGCAUCUUGAGAAGUAGAGACGUCACCUUGCCAACAAAGGUCCGUAUAGUUAAAGCCAUGGUUUUCCCAGUAGUGAUGUAUGGAAGUGAGAGCUGGACCAUAAAGAAGGCUGAUCGCCGAAGAAUUGAUGCUUUUGAAUUAUGGUGCUGGAGAAGACUCUUGAGAGUCCCAUGGACUGCAAGAAGAUCAAACGCAUCCGUUCUUAAUGAAAUCAGCCCUGAGUGCUCACUGGAAGGACAGAUCGUGAAGCUGAGGCUCCAGUACUUUGGCCACCUCAUGAGAAGAGAAGACUCCCUGGAGAAGACACUGAUGCUGGGAAAGAUGGAGGGCACAAGGAGAAGGGGGCGACAGAGGAUGAGAUGGUUGGAUAGUGUUCUCGAAGCCACAAACAUGAGUCUGACCAAACUGCGGGAGGUAGUGGAGGACAGAGGUGCCUGGCGUGCUCUGGUCCAUGGGGUCACGAAGAGUCGGACACGACUAAACGACUAAACAACAACAACAACUAACAAUAAUCUUUCAAGCGGAGUAAUCAGUAGUUGCAUCCCACUGACCUCCAGUCAUUUGCCCUCCAUCCGAUCAUACGAAAGGUGGAGCAGGACCUCGGAAGUGGGGAUCCUGGCUCAGCAUCCAAGGACUCCCAACCUGCAAAGUCAGGGUUCAAGAUUGUUCAGGGAAGCUAUGCCCAUACAGCCAGGCUUCCUGCCUUAGACCUGCUUUAUCCCCAGGGUGGUGUGGGUGGCAGGGACAUUUAUGCAGUCCCCUCACUUGCCUUCCCCUUACAUCUCAUAGAAGCACAACCCC